GUAGCCCGGUUGAGGAAGUGAAUUUCGCUGACAGGGCUGGGUUCAGUGAGGGAGAGGCGAACAAAACAUCUUCCGCGGGGGGACUAAAAAAAAAACAACAAAACAACAAGAGGAGUGAUUUGUUAAACCGUAGUGAGGCUAAGCUGUACAGUCAUCGGUGAAAUCCUGCUCUCUGCCCCGCUGAGACCGCCGCAGACAUGAGUGACCAGCAGCUGGACUGUGCCCUGGACCUGAUGAGGCGUCUGCCUCCUCAGCAGAUCGAGAAGAACCUCAGUGACCUCAUUGACCUGGUGCCCAGUCUGUGUGAGGACCUCCUCUCCUCUGUGGACCAGCCCCUGAAGAUUGCCCGGGACAAAGUAGUGGGGAAAGACUAUCUGCUCUGUGAUUACAACCGAGACGGCGACUCUUACAGAUCUCCGUGGAGUAAUAAGUAUGAGCCUCCCAUUGAAGAGGGUGCAAUGCCUUCUGCUCGCUUGAGGAAACUCGAAGUUGAAGCCAAUAACGCCUUUGACCAGUACAGAGACCUGUACUUUGAAGGUGGUGUGUCCUCCGUGUACCUCUGGGACUUGGAUCAUGGCUUCGCUGGAGUUAUUCUCAUCAAGAAGGCAGGGGAUGGAUCCAAGAAGAUCAAAGGGUGCUGGGACUCCAUCCAUGUGGUGGAGGUGCAGGAGAAGUCCAGCGGUCGCACUGCUCACUACAAACUCACCUCCACCGUCAUGCUGUGGCUCCAGACAACCAAGACCGGCUCUGGCACUAUGAACCUGGGCGGCAGCCUUACAAGACAGAUGGAAAAAGAUGACACAGUUGGAGAGUCCUCACCCCACAUCGCCAACAUUGGCCGCCUUGUUGAAGAUAUGGAGAACAAGAUUCGCUCCACACUGAAUGAAAUCUACUUUGGGAAGACCAAGGACAUCGUCAACGGUCUAAGGAGUGUUCAGACGCUGGCUGACAAGUCACACCAGGAGGCUCUGAAGGUCGACCUGAUGGAGGCGCUCAAACAUCGCAAAGCAAUAUAGAGUUGCUACUGUUUCUAUUUUUUUUCUUCUGUCUCUCUCACUCUCUCUCCGCCUCAUCUCCGCCAUCUUUUCUCUGUUUCUUUACGUCUCUCCCUCCACACCUGUUUCAGUGCUGCACUCUUGUUUAUUUGUGGAAAAAAAACAAAAAAGGAGAAAAUGCUUAGCUUUUUAUUUGUUUUUGUUCUUCUGUCUGGUCUUGUUUUCAUGCAUCUCAUCUGCCAUGAAGCCAUUCACUUACGCUCCCUCUGUCUCUCUUCACCCCUCUCUUCUCUCCCAUGUAAUGAAUAUAAUGAUAGUAUUACCACAGUUAAUGAUUAUCUUACAGUGAGAGGGUCAUUGUAGUAAUAAUCCCUGAUAUUCUCACAGCUGAUGUGUCCUCUGUCAGUUUCAAACAAGCCACUUUUGGCCCGACUCUUCCUCUGCGUCAAGGAAAAGGACACAGACUGUACUGUAGGUGGUGUAGGCUUGAUGGGGCUGUCUUUAUAAUGCACAUCAAAUUUAUUUCAAACACCUACUUUUGUCUUAUGACACCCCACUGAUAUAUUUGUAUAAAAUUAUUACUGUCAGUGUAUAACUGUCAUUCUUCUUGGUAAACGGUGUGAACACGAGGGCGGCCUUCAGUUUCUGUUAGGAGGUUUUUACUUUUUAUUCCACUCAUGCAUGUGGGCCCGUGUGGGGCUGCAGGGAGUGGAAACGUAGACUUAUAUACCUGGGGAUGGACUGUUAUAAUCACCGGGUGAUUACACCCACGUCGUCAACCGAACCCCCACCCCCUGCGCUGUGUAUGACACGACAGUUUGCCUCCCCUCUGUUCGGCUCAUUCAACUUUUCUCUCUCCUCACUUACUCUGUCUUUGUUGGGGGUCACAGUUUGUCUUUGUGUCUCAGUGGAAACCUUUGGCAGUUUCCAUUUUGGAGGGGAAUCUUUUUGUUGUAUUUUUGUUUUGUUUU